AAAUCAGAACAGAAGGAAAACCAAAGAGAUGAAGAAGAGAGAAAUUUUGUUGACAGUUACAUAUUUGACAGUGUAUAUUUGUGUUUCUGGAGCAGUGGAAACUAACAUAACUGGCGAAGGAUUUGUCCAAGGAUUAAUUCCAGACUGUCCAGGCUCUUGGCUACCAUCCAGAAUAAAACCAGAAAGCUUGAAAAACCUCCACCUAUCAGUUCUGAGCCACGGAAACAUACUUAGCGCCAAAUGGCCUAAAUACAACUACUACCGCGUGAAAGAGAUAGUUCGUAACCCUGAUUUUAAUGUCAAAAACAAGACUAUGCUUUAUGUCGGAGGUUACUGGGACUCGGGGACUUGGGGUGUGGGAAGACUAUUGGGUCUUCUGUAUAAGCAGAUGGAUUAUAAUGUGCUUCUUUUGGAGACGCUGUAUUUCACGACGACGACUUUUGAGAAAGCUUCACGCUUAAUGCGUCCAGUUGGAAAACACGCUGCUGAGAUGCUAGCAGCCCUCACUAAGCUUGGUAUGGACCCUAAAAAUCUGACCAUAUGCGGCAUCAGCCUCGGCGGACAAACCAUAAGCUACAUAGCCAAGAACUUCCGGAGUAUCACUGGUCAAAACGUCUCCACUCUCGUUGCACUCGACCCUGGUGGUCCAUGCUUUAGAUAUCUCGGACCGAAGCAGAGAUUAGACCCCUCGGACGCUGAUUUUGUCAUUGCUAUCAUCACAAACAGCGAAGGAUUCGGGAUAGGUAUUCCAGUUGGAACAAUCUCAAUCUACGUCAAUGGAGGCGAGUGGCAACCGGGGGAAAUAUCGUUCAUACCCUGCACGAUUCCGUGCAGCCAUAUGAGAUCUUAUUUUGUCUGGGUGUCUGCAUUGAUGAACCCUCAUCGCUUCAUUGCCGUGCGGUGUGAAUCUGUGGCGCAGGCGAGAUUGGGAGAUUGCUAUGAUACAAAGCCUUUGGUAACGAAUACUUUAGAUAUAUAUUUAGAUAAAAGUAAGCCUGGUAUUUAUUAUCUGGCGACCAGCAACAGGUGGCCGUAUUCUUUGGGUAAGAGAGGUUUGAGAAAGAGGAGUAACGAUACUUUUAACCCGUAUUUCACAUUAGAUUAA